AUGUACCUUCCCCAGGAGCUCAUGGAGGCCAAGGAUCUGAGCAGUAAAAACACCAGUGCCAAUAAAGAUGCUCGGAACCAGGCCCAGGAAUCCUCGCAGGUUUUUAGGUGCUAUUUCCCCGAGGUACAUUGGAAGGGCACUGUGGUAAAAACAUCUGUCCUGGUGUUUAUUGCUGGCUCACUCAUGGGGUUCAGUAAGAUUUGUGGUUCUCCUGAGAUGGUGAUCUUGGGUCGCUUCAUUACAGGAAUUCACUCAGAACAGUUACAGAAAGAGGAGUACUGGCCCCUCUUUCUCUCAGUGGUGGUGGUCCCUACUUUCAUCCAGUUGUUGCUGUUGCCAUGGUUUCCAGAGAGCCCUAGGUACUUGCUGAUUGAGAAGAAUAAUGUCCAUGCUACAAUCACAGCUCUGAAGCAGUACAGAGCCAAAUGUAACAUCCAAGCAGAAAUAGAAGAGAUGCAGGAGGAACAGCGCUCUCUGUGUUCAGUAGAAACACUGUCAGUAUGGAAACUGCUGCUGGAUGAUUCAGUCCGCUGGCAGGUGCUGAGCGUUGUGGUCAUCAAUAUUGGCAUGCAGCUGUCUGGUAUUGAUGCUAUCUGGUUUUAUACAAAUGACAUCUUUGAGAAUGCAGGCAUCCCAGCUCCAGAGAUCCAGUAUACCACAGCAGGAACAGGAGUGAUAGAGAUCAUUGCUGGACUAAUUGGGUGUUUCACCAUAGAGAAGCUCGGCAGGAGGCAUCUAAUGAUUGGGGGGUUUACAAUGAUGGGCAUCUGCAGCGCUGGAAUCACGUUAGCCCUAAUUUUACAGACUCAGAUAUUAUUCAUGCGCUAUAUCAGUGUUUGCUGUGUUGUGGGCAUCAUCGCUGGCUUCUGUAUUGGUCCAGCGGGGGUUCCCUUCCUGAUUACAGCAGAACUGUUCAAACAAUCCCAUCGCCCAGCUGCAUACAUCAUUGGUGGCUCACUCAACUGGCUGUCGAACUUUACUGUGGGCUUCGUCUUCCCCUUCUUACAGAUGUCUGCUGGGUCGUACUGCUACUUGGUGUUUGCCACAGUUUGUUUCUCUGUGGCUAUCUAUGUUUAUAUUGUAAUCCCAGAGACCAAAAACAAAACAUUCAUGGAGAUCAGCCAGAUGUUCUCCAAGAAGGAGGCAGUUCUGGAGACGCAGGGUUUGAUCCACACUGACCAGCUGAAGUUAAAGAAGAUGAAUGGAUACGGUGGUUUGGAGCAUGCUUCUCUGGAGUUUGACAGCUCCUCCUCUGUACCCUAACUGGGUUCAUAAAGUA